AUGGAUAUCUACGAUCCAAUCAUACAUAGGAAUGGGCGGCAGAGAAAGCAAUUAGAUGGAAGCCGGUACAGUCCUGAAAGUAUGAAAGAUAGUGACAGAACAGACCUGCUGGACAUUUCUGACCCUGAAGUAGAUGGGGUAGCAGACAACCUUAUCGCAGGGUCUGACUCCGAGGAAAGGAUGCAUCCUAAAGUCUACCGAAGUAUUCGUGCUGAAUUGGGGAACGUGUCGCUCCUUCUCUUCCUUUAUGUGCUGCAAGGAAUUCCACUUGGACUAGCUGGUAGCAUUCCAUUGAUUUUACAGAGUAGAAAUGUAAGCUACAAGGACCAAGCCGUCUUUAGUUUUGUAUUUUGGCCAUUCAGCCUCAAACUUUUAUGGGCGCCUUUGGUGGAUGCGCUCUACUUCAGCAAGUUUGGUAGAAGAAAAUCCUGGCUGGUACCGACGCAGUACCUGUUGGGCCUCUUCAUGCUCUGCCUUUCUGCUAAAGUUGACUCUCUGCUGCAGAGAGAGGAAGGUCCUAACAUCAUUGCAUUGACCUCGGUCUUUUUUAUGCUGACCUUUUUAGCAGCAACGCAGGACAUUGCUGUGGACGGCUGGGCUCUAACGAUGCUAUCUAAAGAGAACGUAGGCUAUGCAUCAACGUGCAACUCUGUGGGCCAAACAGCUGGCUAUUUCCUCGGCAAUGUGCUCUUUUUGGCCCUGGAGUCUGCCGAUGUCUGCAACAAACUCUUUAGAACGGAGCCCAAGGAGACCGGAAUCAUCACCUUGUCAGACUUCUUGUUUUUCUGGGGCGUGGUGUUUCUCAUCACCACAACGCUGGUGGCCAUCUUGAAAAGCGAGAAGGCGGAUGGCAAAGGCAAGGGAAAAGACCCAGAGAAGACGCAGGGUGUUUUGCAAACCUACAAGUUGCUCUUGAAUAUUGUCAAGAUGCCCGCAGUCCUCACCUUUUGUGUCCUGCUUCUCACUGCCAAAAUCGGCUUCUCCGCUGCCGAUGCAGUGACAGGUCUAAAGUUGGUGGAGGGUGGUGUUCCUAAGGCACAAUUGGCAUUGCUUGCAGUGCCAAUGGUACCUCUACAGAUUCUUCUACCGGUGGUCAUCAGUAAAUACACGGCGGGGCCCAGACCACUGGAUGUUUUCUACAAGGCCUUCCCUAUAAGGUUAAUUUUUGGCCUGGAGUUUGUUCUUCUUGUUUGGUGGACCCCGAGUGUAAAACAUGAAGGAGAGUUCCCUGUUUACUACUAUAUCAUUGUGCUGCUUAGCUACGCCAUGCAUCAGGUGACCUUGUACAGCAUGUACGUCGCCGGAAUGGCCUUCCACGCCAAAGUGAGUGACCCGCUCAUUGGCGGCACUUACAUGACACUGCUGAACACAGUUACUAACCUGGGAGGAAACUGGCCCGCCACUGUGGCGCUGUGGUUAGUAGACGCCCUCACCUGGAAGGAAUGUCAGGGUGCUGUUGGGCAUACGUGUGCCUCACCAGAUGCGGCAGGGCUUUGUAACAAGGAGGGUGGCACCUGUGUCACAUGGCUGGAUGGCUACUACGUGGAAUCGGUGAUCUGUGUGCUGAUUGGCUUUGUCUGGUGGGUGUGGUUGGGGAAGAAAUUGAAGAGGCUGCAGGAGCACAGUCCUGCUGCAUGGAGAUGCAGAGUCCCACAUUAUUGA